AGUUGGUAUCUAUUGCCUUGCACUUGUACCAUCGAAUCAAUUACCAAAGACCCCUCUCGGUGGCAUCCACGUUUCUGAGACGCGACAACGUUUCGAAGCCGGCGAACUUCAUCCAUCAACACUUCUCAUGUGCCCACAUAGCUGUGUGAUCAAUCUUCCCAAGCCUCGCGAAGUUCAACCUGAUAUCGGACCAGCAUCGAUGCUUCUCGGAAAUCUAGUCCAAGGUGUCAGAAUUGCAGGAGCUCAAGGACGCAGUCUUGGAUGUGAUGAUGAUAUGAGCCUGCUGGAAAUUCUACGGUCACGAGCGUCAACUUCACCUGAUCACAGAGAUUAUACUCUGAGUUACUUUCCAAAAGUCCAGCAACAAGACACGGGCGACAUGUGCGGAGCUCUGCUUGAAGAGAGCAGAACGAAUUGGGGCUUUUCCGUUGAACGAGGUCGUCUCAACGCUGGCGACCAUGUGGCACUGAUUUUCUCUCCGGGCAUCGACUUCAUUGCGGCUUUUUACGGUUGCCUUGUAGCUGGUGUUGUUCCCGUAUGUAUUCGGGCACCAUCGGCAGCUUCCCUUCAAACCACUCUGCCAUCUGUGAGAAUGAUUGUCGAUGUUAGCAAAGCAGUAGCCAUAGUGUCGAAUAGUGCAGUUUGCAAGUUGCUGAAGCGUAAGUAG